AUGGCUUCAUCAUCAUCAUCAACAGCUACAGACUUCGAACAUUUUGGUCAAAAAGUUUAUUCGACUGUCAGUCAAAAUAACAAAGAUCAAAAUGUAUUUCUUUCACCAGCAAGUAUUGCUCUUGCUAUGUCAAUGUGUACAGUUGGUGCUCGAAAAGAAACAUUAGAUCAAAUGUUACAUGCUCUUGAUGCAUCAUCAAUAGACAGUUUAACAAAAACAGCUGAAAAAAUUAUGCAUGUGUUUUCUAUUGCUGAUCAUGAUAAACAAAUUAAACUUAAAUUAGCUAAUCGUCUUNGUAGAGCAGUAGAUAUAAAAGAAGAGAGAAAUAAGUAA